UUCAGGCGACUUAACCUCGCCACCAUCAACACCUUGACUUUUUGUCGAUAAUGAUUCUUAUAUGUUGUCGUUAUGCUCGGUGUGGCUGGAGACGCCAUAGGUAUUGUUCUUGCUGUUUGUUGUUUCGGUUGUGGUGCCGAUUUAGGUUGUGGAUCGAUAAACUGCAUUGAUUGAUUAAUAGUGUCAUCGGUCGCAAGUGUUGCUUCACUAAAUUGUUGUGGCCGAUUGUGGACUAGUAUUAGAUUAACUACGGAUGGUAACCCUUUGUCCGAUCAGAAUUCUGCCACUGGAUUUUCCGUUUCAUGUGACGCAAUUUGGGUUGUCAAGGUUUUGGACGCUUGUUCGAUUUGACUGGAUGUUCCAAAUACCUUAAUGAAUGCCAUUUGUACUUCUUUCCAGUUAUAAUUCACCAAUGUUUGCCGUUGCAGACGAUACCAUGAUUAUGGCCCACCAAUUAAUUUGAACGAAAGUCCUAGUCGGCGUUGAUCGUCGUCACAGCCAACUGUUGUGCAGGCUUCAUUGAAACUCAUAAGCCAAUGGACUACAUUCUGACCAACUUCACCAAUGAUGGGUAGGACAUAAUAAAACAUCAAAAUCAAGACGAGAAUCAUUAUCGACAAAAAGUCAAGGUGUUGAAGGUGGCGAGGUUAAGUCGCCUGAACAUGAACAUGCGGAUGAAGAAGGCAAAGAUCAUGCUCAACAUGAAGAUGGUACCUUAUUAACUGAAUUAGCAUCCAAUGUAGCUGAUACAGCGUCAAAUAUUAUGGAGAACAUAACAAAUGUAUUUAAAGUAACCAAUGAAGAAAAAAAUGAAGAUGAUAAGAAAGAAGACUCUAAUAACGCUGAACAAGAUACCGUUGAUGUUAAAGAAGAUGUUGAAGAACAUGGAGAAGAAACAAGCGAUUAUCGUAUAGGUUAUACAUUUAUCGAAAGUCAAGAACAACAGCCACAGAAUUGGAACAGAAUGAUUUUCUGUUCCAUCCUUCGAAAUGACCUAUUGUUUGUACUGGAGGUGCGAGUCGAUGUUAGAAAACUGCAGCCUAUAAAAAAGCGUGAAACGCUCGAGGUUGGUGUGAAAGGUGACAUCGAUCCAAACUUUCCAAACAACGAAGAUCUUGAAUUCUUAUUGAGGGUGCAGGAAGGAAAAUUUCUAAAACCUCGGGAGGGUGUAGUUGUAACUGGUGUCAUGGUUCGGAAAACAAACUUCGAUCCUGCAUUGCUGCCGUCGAGUUGGUGGUGGUGCAAAUGGCGUAAUUGGCUGCAACUUCAUCAUUACUACUACAACGACAUCACGCAGCGCAAUGAGAGCACAAAGUGAUUUUCCUUCAUCCUUCAAGAUGCUUCUUACUUCAGCGAAUUUAGUACAUUCGACGUGACGAGCUUCAUCGAUGGGUGUCACUAUAUUCAAGAAGUAACUUAAAAAAAACUCACUGUUCCCUUGGUCUUAGACAAAAAGCUGUAAGAAAUCAAGUAUCCCCUCUGUUUUUUAUUUUAUAAUCUUUCAAAAAAUCAUGGAGGGCGCUUUUUGAAAAUCUUCGAUACACCUAAUUUUGUAAAUUCUAUAACUCGGCGAAAUCAAGUCCAAACGACCUUAAAAUGUUUUCAUAACCCCAGUUUUGAUCAUAGAAUCCAAAAAUAGAAAAAAAUAUAUAGGUCAAAAGAUUUCACUUGG